CGGCCGGGCAGCGCCCCCUUGGCGACGAUGGCGGGGAUUGGGGCGCCGUCCAGCUCCUCCCCCUCGGGUGGCGGCCGAGGCCCCGCCCAGCCCCCCAAAGGCCCCGCCCCUCUGGCGCGCUCUUCUCCCGGCGGCGGCGGCGGCAGGAGCAGCGUCGCCUCCAUUUUCUCCUCAGCCGCCGCUUCUUCUUCGUCGUCUUCCUCCUCAGGCGCCGGCAGUUACGGCCGCCGAGGCCCCGAACCGCCGCCCCGGCCCCGCCGCCCGAGCCCCUCCGCCGCCCCCGCCCGAGGGAGGCCUCCCAGCGCCGCGCCGCCCCCACCCGGCCUCGCCCGCCGCCCGCUCGCCUCAGCCGUCACCGCCGCCAUGAAUGAGGAGUACGACGUGAUCGUGCUGGGCACCGGCCUGACGGAAUGCAUUCUCUCGGGCAUUAUGUCCGUCAAUGGCAAGAAAGUUCUGCACAUGGAUCGGAACGCUUACUACGGAGGGGAAAGUGCUUCCAUUACACCCCUGGAAGAUCUAUACAAAAGGUUUCAGCUGCCAGGAGCAAUACCGGAGUCAAUGGGCCGAGGAAGAGACUGGAACGUUGACCUGAUCCCCAAAUUCCUCAUGGCCUGUGGCCAACUGGUGAAGAUGCUGCUGUACACAGAGGUCACUCGCUACCUGGACUUCAAGGUGAUCGAAGGGAGCUUUGUCUACAAGGGUGGAAAGAUCUACAAAGUCCCUUCAACCGAAGCGGAAGCUCUCGCCUCUAGUUUGAUGGGCCUGUUUGAGAAAAGGCGCUUCCGGAAGUUUCUGGUCUACGUGGCCAACUUUGACGAGAACGAUGCCCGCACGUUCGAAGGGGUGGAUCCCAAGAAAACAACCAUGCGCGACGUCUACAAGAAGUUCGAUCUCGGCCAGGAUGUGAUUGACUUCACGGGACACGCCCUGGCCCUGUACAGGACGGAUGAGUACCUAGACCAACCUUGCCAAGAAACCAUCAACAGGAUUAAACUCUACAGCGAGUCUUUGGCCAGAUACGGCAAAAGUCCCUACCUCUAUCCUCUCUAUGGCUUGGGGGAGCUUCCCCAGGGAUUUGCCAGGUUAAGUGCCAUCUACGGAGGGACCUACAUGUUGAACAAGCCCAUCGAAGAGAUUGUCGUGGAGAACGGCAAAGUGGUCGGCGUGAAAUCGGAAGGAGAGAUCGCCCGUUGCAAGCAGCUCAUCUGCGACCCCAGCUACGUCUCGGACCGAGUGAAGAAAGUGGGUAAAGUCAUCCGGGUGAUUUGCAUCCUGAACCACCCGAUCAAGAACACGAACGAUGCCAAUUCGUGCCAGAUCAUCAUUCCCCAGAACCAAGUCAACAGGAAGUCAGACAUCUACGUCUGCAUGAUCUCGUCCGCCCACAACGUGGCGGCCCAAGGAAAGUACAUCGCCAUCGUGAGCACAACCGUGGAGACCAACGAGCCGGACAAGGAGAUCAAACCCGCCAUGGACCUCCUGGAGCCCAUCGAGCAGAAGUUUGUUAGCGUCAGCGACUUGUUUUCCCCAACUGACUUGGGCAGAGAGAGCCAGAUCUUUAUUUCCCGCACUUACGACGCCACCACUCACUUUGAGACCACCUGCGACGACAUCAAAGACAUUUACAAGAGGAUGAUGGGCUCGGAGUUCGACUUUGAAGAGAUGAAGCGGAAGAAGAACGACAUCUACGGAGAGGACGAGCAGCAGUGAGCAGGGCCGGACGUCUCUUCUUCCCCCCCCCUCCCUUUCCCCCCCCCCCCCCCCAGGCUCUCAACCACAGAAGGGGGGGCGACGCCCGCACUCGGGACCUUUAAGCUGAGCGCCUUCCCCAGCUCAAUAUUGUAAGGCCUGUUACUUUCUCUCCCUCUCUCUUUCUCUCUCUCUCCUCCCCUUCCUUAAUCAUAUCUCUGAGAUUGCACUGAUCCAACCUCCCUUCUCUCUUUUCGGCUAGAAUCAUGUGUCAAUUUCAGCUUGGGGGUGGUGGUGUUCUGAUUGGCAGGUGCCGACACCCAUCACUCUUUAACUCUCGCUAACUCCAUUCUCAGCCCAUUUAAAAAAAAAAAAGAAAUAAAAGUUGGCCGGUCCCAGCGGGGACGGGAGGGACCCAAAAGCCCACCAGCCUAGAGGUUCUCGUAGGCCGCCCCUCUCUCCCCCUCCCCCCCCCCAUUUCACGCCAGCCCAAAUCCUGGCAAAGCCGCCUCCGGUUGCCCGUGCUUUAAGCGGCAUCUCUUUUUAAGUCCCCAAUAAUUUUGGGGGUGGGGGUUUUUUUUUUGUUUUUUUUUUUUGGUUGGGGUUUUUUUUUUCGGGUUUAUGAUCCCCCCCCCUCCUUAAAUCUCCUAGCUUCUCAAAACUUUGUUUACAUCUGUUGGGACACAACUUUGCCACCAGGCUUCCGUUUGUGUUUUAAAAGUGCUACUAAUAAAAAAAAAAAAGGAAAGAAAGAAAAAAAACGGUGCAAGCACAAAAA